CUUUUGCUAGUCAACUUACUGGAAGAGAAUGGAAAUAAACCUGGGAAUGAAAACUGCUUUUAUAACUUCAAGUUCUUGAUUUGGACAUGUCAAAAAAAAAAAAAGAUUGCCGAGACAGCACAAGGAGACAAACCACACAAGUGUGAGUUCUGUGACAAGAGCUUCUGCCGGAAGGACAAUCUGACCAUGCACAUGCGGUGCCACACCAGUGUGAAGCCCCACAAGUGUCACCUGUGCGACUACGCCGCCGUGGACAGCAGCAGCCUUAAGAAGCACCUGCGGAUCCACUCCGACGAGCGGCCCUACAAGUGCCAGCUCUGCCCCUACGCCAGCCGCAACUCCAGCCAGCUCACCGUCCACCUCCGGUCCCAUACGGGAGAAACCCCCUUCCAGUGCUGGCUGUGUAGCGCCAAGUUCAAAAUCAGCUCGGACUUGAAAAGGCACAUGAUCGUGCACUCGGGGGAGAAGCCGUUCAAGUGCGAGUUCUGCGACGUCCGCUGCACCAUGAAGGCGAACCUCAAGUCGCACAUCCGCAUCAAGCACACCUUCAAGUGCCUGCACUGCAGCUUCCAGGGCCGGGACCGGGCGGACCUGCAGGAGCACAGCCGGCUGCACCAGGCCGACCACCCCGAGAAGUGCCCCGAGUGCAGCUACUCCUGCUCCAGCGCGGCCGCCCUGCGCGUGCACAGCUGGGUCCACUGCAAGGACCGCCCCUUCAAGUGCGACUUCUGCAGCUUCGACACCAAGCGGUCCAGCAGCCUGGCCAAGCACUUCGACAGGGUGCACAGGGACGAGGCCAAAACAGAGAACCGGGCCCCGCAGGGCAAGGAGGGGCCCUGAGACGGCGGCUCUCCGCACGUGGCCAAAGUCAAAUCAUAACUCAGUGGAGCGGGCCUUCCGCUGCGAGACCUGCGGGGCCGCCUUCGUCCAGGACGACUCUCUGCGAUGCCACAGGAAGCAGCACAGCGACCAGAGCGAGAACAAGAACUCGGACUUGGUCACCUUCCCACCCAAAAGCGGUGCCUCGGGGCAGCCGGGCACCCUGGUCUCCAUGGGGCAGCUGGAGGCCGCCCUGGAGCCCGGCCUCUGAUCCCACGAGGAAGGUGGUGAGCUGCCCAGAAACCCAGGCAAAGGCUGUUCCCAGCCAUUGGGUGUGGCCAUCAAGCCAGACUUUGUCACCAGCUCUGGGCAUGGCUGCCCCCAACUCAUGGGCCUCCAGACACCCCGGCUGCAGUCCCUGUGGCCAGAAGGCAGAUGCCUCCCACCACUGUCCUCCCUCCAAGAACCCACGAGGCAAGGUGACCAGUCGGCCCAGGUGACCAGGGUGGGGCCCACUGAGCACUGCUCUGCCCAGUAGGACCAGCUUCUUUAUGUUGGACUCCAGUCCUAAGACGGGGCCGUCUCUGGUGCAGUUGUUAAAUGACUGAGACUACAUGGGACACGAAAACUAAACUGGGAAAGGUUAGGGGGAGGAUGGGUACACGAGGCUCUGGGAAGCUCUAGUUCUUAACCCUGGUGGUGGUGGGUUUCAGAGUGCUCGCCUUACACGUUUUUGUAUAGUUCCUCUUGUCAGUUGUCUUAAAAUAAAAGUCAUCUGCCUAA